CAGUAUAUGUUGAUUUCUAUAGCACGAUGGAACUAGAGAUUACUGCUGAUACUACUGCCCUGAGCUAUUGGUUGAACUGGAGAGUCUUGUUGUGUUCAAUUUGGGUUUUCACACCUAUGGUUGGAGCGUUGCUAAUGAUAUGUAAAUAUGAAGAUUUGGAAUAUUUGAAAUCUCGCCGAGGAGAAACUCAGCGCGACGUAGAUAAGGAUUUCUGUGGUGAUGAAGCAUGGAGACCAUGCUUGAAAGUAAUUCACCCUUUAUGGUUGUUGGCUUACCGAGUGACUGCAUUCUUUCUGCUUUUGGCAAUACUGGUUGCUAAAGUUGUCGUCAGUGGUGGUGGCAUAUAUUACUACUAUACUCAGUGGACUUUUACCUUGCUUUACCAUUUAUUUUGGGCUUGGAUCUCUUCUAUCCAUUUAUGGUAGUUUCUUGUAUAACAAAACGAGAAGAAUGGGUAUGGGUGUUCAACAUGUGGGGUCAGAUGCAGAGAAUGGAACAUACGUGCUCCUUGAACAUGAGGAAAACGGCUUAAAUAACCAAGAGGAAAAUUAUGUUCUCCCACUAGCAGUCAAAUGCAGUUAUGUCUUUCAAGCUAUAUUCCAGAUGAAUGCUGGAGCAGUGAUGCUUACCGAUUGCAUUUACUGGUUCAUAAUCUUUCCAUUCCUCACCAUCAACUACAAUCUGAGUUUGUUGACGGUGACCAUGCACUCGGUCAAUGCUGUUUUACUCCUUGGGGAUGCAAUGUUAAAUUGCUUGCAAGUUCCCUUUGUUCGGAUAUCUUUGUUUGUUUUAUGGACUGGUGCUUUUGUCAUUUUCCAGUGGAUCAUUCAUGCUUGUGUAUCAAUAUGGUGGCCAUACCCAUUCCUUGACUUGUCAUCACCAUAUGCCCCAGUUUGGUAAGUUUUCUCAAAUCUUUUUGUGACCUCUCCUCAUUGUUGGUACAUCAGAUUUAUGGUAAAAUACCAUUCUUUUACUGAAGAAUAUGAUCUUCGAUCUGAAAAUGGUCAGGCGGAUUUAAACUCGUUAAGGGUUAAAAUGAUAUCAAGAUAAAAUUCUGCAAACUUCAAGAAACAA